AUGGCAUCUGAACCUUAUUUCAACCAAGACACUCUCUCGGAUCUUUCUGUCACCUGUGAUGGGCAGACCUUCAAGGUCCAUCGACUGAUUCUGUGCGCCCACUCCAAAUAUUUCUCCAAGCAACUGAACGGCCCAUGGAAGGAAAGCUCCGAACAGGUGAUCAACAUCCAGGACUUCGAUGUUGGUGUUGUUGAGGCCAUGUUGCACUUCAUGUACAACUUUGACUACACCAAUGUCAACGGUACUUCGUCCAUGGUCUUUGAGGCCCAAAUCUACCAGAUCGCCGACAAAUACGAUAUAGAUUCCCUUAAAGAACAUGCCACAAAGAGAUUUGGCGCGGCCCUUGAUAUUGGUUGGCCAAUGGAUGACUUCCCACUUGCCAUAACUGUGGCCUACACCACUUCACCCUUGGAAGACCGGGGGCUCCGAGACCUCAUUAUCGAGACUUCCAGCCAGCAUAUUGAUGACCUUUUGGGCAAGGGUUACUUCUGCGAGGUGCUGCGGACCACAAACGAUUUCGCGGCUGACUUGGUGCCAUUCUUACGCGCCAGACAAGCCCCCGACGUCAAGAAAUACAGGUGUCCUUCAUGCAGGAAGACCUUUUACUGCAGUCCGUCUUCCGGCGAGUGGCACUGCCCGCUUUUUCAAGGCGGGCGCGACAAUUGGAAACAGUUUCAACUGUAG